AAGAUGGCCUUCGUUGUAAAUAUUAUGAAAGUAGUCGGAGAAAAAAUAAGGAUUCUUACAAUAAUAUAUCGUGACAUGGACAAAUAAUUAUGUUUUCCAUGUCAUAUUUCAGAUAUUUUGUAAGAAAACAGUGCUAAAUUUUGUGAUAACUUUCGGAUCACUGAGUUUAAAGCCCGGAAGUGGAGGAGUAACAAAAGUUUAUAAACCAAUAUGCCUGUUAAGAAGAAGGACCUGUACCUAGCUAAGUCUCUGAAGGCCUUGAAUGACCUUGCUGCUUUACCAGCUAAAAUGACAAAUAACCCCAAAAUAUUAUUGAAAUCUGCAGAGAAAAUCAACAAAGAAGCUGUGCUCAAUGAAUCCCUGGGAGAUGAGGAGAAGGCGUACAUUAUGUACAUGAAGUACUUUAAUAUAGUCACCCUCAUCAGGAAGUCCCCGGAUUACAAAAAGCAAAAGGACUAUUUUGAUAGUUUGAUUGGACAGAAAACUUUGCUGAAAUGUAUGGACAAAGCAGAGGAAUUAUCAUCAAACCUUAAGGACAGGUAUGAAUUAGCUGAAGCUGAGGAUGUAGCCAGCAAGUUAGCUCCCCUUGAAGAUAAAAGUAAACCUCAAGAAGAACCAGUUAAAUCUGAGGAAAAUGUUCCCAAACCCAAAGAAGAUACAGAGAAUGUGGGCAAAAACAGUGAGAAAGCAGCAGAUGCUGGCCAAGAGGCUGCUGGGAAAAUAAGUCCGGUUCAGCUGUAUGAUUUGUUAAAUGACAAAGAAACAAGUCUGAUUAUAAUGGAUGUACGACCCGGAUCUCAGUACCAGGAAUCACACAUUAAACAUGACUCCUGUAUCAACGUACCGGCCGAGGGAAUCAAACCAGGGACUACAGCAAUCUACAUAGGUGGAGCUUUAUCUGAGGAGUCCAAAGGAUUGUGGGUAAAAAGAGGUCAAGUGGACCACAUUGUCCUACUGGACUGGAACUCAACCUUAAACCAGGUCACCAUAGCAACACCUCUUCGUACACUGAAGGAUGCCUUGUUUAAGUAUGAUUCGUCAGUGAUCAUUAAGAGUGAGCCUUUAGUGCUGGAGGGAGGGUACGACCAGUGGCUGAUGUACUACCCCCAACUGACCACUAAUGCCAGAGUGACCAACCCCACCCAGGAGGGACCCACCUCCUCAGCACCCUCAUUGGAUUUUGACUACCCUGACUUUGAUGAGGAUUUUUCAUUAACCCCCAAACCCAAACCAAAGCCUGAACCAGUGCCCACCUCAGAUCCUCUGGGCAUCCUCAGCAAUGAUACUGGUAAGCCUGCAGCACCCCCAGGGGAGGGUCAAGUCAGGCCUGCAGCACCCACAGCAGGGGGUCAGGUCAGGCUAGGGGUCCCCUCUAUAGACAGAUCAACAAAGCCUAAACCCUCCCCUUCAACCAACAGUCUGAGUCCUCUAAAUAACUCCUCCACACCUUCCCUGUCAGACAGUAAGCCUGUGUCUCAGCCUAAAAAUAACUUAAUGGCUGAGGCUCAGAGGAGAGAACAGGAGAGGAGGGCCUCAGAGGAGGCCAGGAGGAGGGAGGAGGACUUGAGGAGAGAGAGGGAUGAGGAGUUGAAGGCACAGCAGGAUAAAGAGGCAGAGGAGCAGGAGGCCAGGAGGCUCAAGUUACAGAGAGAAAUUCAGGAGUUGGAGAGGCUGAAAAUGGAGCAGGCUCGAGAUGUGGCAGAUCUGAUGAGGAAGAAGAAGGUUAUAAUGGAGGAGAAUCAGAGAGAACAGAAGACAGACACACAGACAAAGUCAGUGGAGGACGAGAGGAGGAGGAAAGAACUUGAGAGACUUGAAGUGGAGGAAAAAGAGAAAAGAAGGAAGCAGGAGGAAAUGGAGCGAGAGAAACAGCGAAGACUGGAGGAAGUGGAGCGACUGAGGCAGGAGAGGAAGAGGAGGGAGGAAGAGGAGGCAGAGAAAAAGGCUCUUGACAAGGCAAGAGAAAAUGCCAGGCAGGAGGAAGAGAGACGUAAACUUGAGCUGAAGAAAGCAGAGGAUGAGGCACGGAAACUGAGGGAGGAAAAGGAAAGGAGAGAGGCACAGAGGAAGGCAGAGGAGGACAGACAGGAGGUACAGAGGAGGAAAGAGGAAGAGGAGCGAAGGGAGGCGGACAGGAAACGACAGGAGGAGGAGCAGAGGAAAGAGGAGGAGAGAAAGAGACAGGAGCUGAUAAAGAAAGCAGAGGAGGAAAAGCAGGAGAAAGAGAGAAUAGAGAAAGAGAGGUCAGAUCAGGCCAGGCGUGAAGCAGAGGAGAAACUCCGCAGACUCAACUUUGCUGAGUCCCAGCCUACCAAACCAAGAACCAUCCCCUCCCCCAACCUCCCCACUGGGUGGGAGAAGAGGCUGGACCACAACACGAAUAGAUACUACUACAUCAACCACAACAAGGGAACCACCCAAUGGGAACCACCUCACAUCCAGACAAGUCGACCGUCGGGACAGUUGUCUGUUACUAAACUUAAAGAUGAGCCCUCGACCCCUAGCCGUGGUCUGACCCGGUCCAACUCCUCCCCUAACAUUGCUAAGAUGAUGUUUGACGAGGAACAGGCACCUAAAACUCGUCCCACCAUAGACAGGACCAUCAAACCCAUGGAAAGAGUUGACCAUCCUAAACCAAAGCCCAGAAAAGCUCUACACAGGGAUCUCAACCCAGUGUAUGGAAAUGUGGGUCGAGCACUUACCGGUCUACGUAACCUUGGUAACACCUGUUACAUGAAUUCCACCAUCCAGUGUCUAAACAACACAUCACCCCUAGCAACGUAUUUCCUCACAGACAUGUAUCUAUAUGAUAUAAACAGGGAGAGUCAGCUAGGUUACUAUGGUGAAGUAGCAGACGAUUUCUCCGUCAUCAUUAAAGCCUUGUGGUCAGGACAGUAUAAGUGUAUCACCCCCAGGGACUUCAAGUACAUCGUGGGUAAACACAAUCCAGAUUUUGCGGGGACCACACAGCAGGACAGCCAUGAUUUCCUGACGUUUCUGAUGGAUGGACUUCAUGAGGGACUCAACAAGGUUAAGAAGCGUCCUGAGAUCCCAGAGCAGGAGAAUGAUCAUCUGCCAGACCAGCAGGCCGCCGAGCUAGCCUGGAAACACCACCAAAUGUGUAACGAGUCCAUCAUUGUAGAGCUGUUCCAGGGGCAGCUGAAGUCCACACUGAUGUGUCUACACUGUCAGAAGAUGUCCGUCAAUUUCCAGGCUUUCAUGUUCCUCACUCUCCCCCUCCCUCCCUCAUCACGAUGUAGUCUGGGGGAAUGCCUGAGGUUGUUCCUUAAGGAGGAGAAACUGACAGGAAGUAGUAGGUGGCGCUGUCCGCGAUGUAAAGUCGACCGUGACGCUGUCAAGAAAAUUGACAUCUGGAGGCUACCCAGAAUUCUCCUUAUAGGGCUCAACAGAUUUGUAUAUAAGGGUCAAUGGAGAGAAAAGAUAAACAGCCAUGUGGAUUUCCCCUCUAAGAACCUUGAUUUGAACCCAUACUUAGAUGGACCAAAAUCUUCAAAGACUAUCUACAAACUUUAUGCUACCUCAAAUCACACUGGCACAUUAGAUGGAGGACAUUAUACAGCCUAUUGUCGUAAUCCAUGUACACAGAACUGGUAUAAGUACGAUGACGAUCACGUGUCUGAGAUAUCAGAGUCAGCUGUCAGGACUUCCUCGGCCUAUGUCCUGUAUUACACGUCAGUGGAGCUUACACCCCCGAACUUCAGACAACACUUCUGAUCCACACCCAAACUUCAGAAACUUUCUGAUCCUCCUCAUUUGAUCCACCGAUAUCAUAUUUCAUAACACCACCUACUCUGAAGAAAUCAUAUCAACAAAGAAUGAUUUCUUUGUCUGCAUUAUCAACUUCAUGCUUAAUGAGGUCAUGAUGAACAAAAAGAAGAUGAGCACCACAAAAAGAUGAAGAAUCAUGUCUUUUUGUCUUUGGUGGAAGCAGUUAUAUAUAUACAUGUAUAUGUGUAUGUAUAUCCAAGCAUUGCAAGUGGAACUUCUUAUGUAUUGACCUAGUCAGAGAGACCUAAUGAUCAUCUUUAUGUGGUAUUACUAAACAGGGCAAUUUUUUCAUGUAACUUUAUACAUGUAUAUAUAAUUAUAUAUUCAACCUGUACAUAUGUAGAUAUGAUUUUUUUUACAAGUACCAGAAAGUUUACAGCUUGUAUUAUUUGAUGUGUUUUUU